GGGACGGGGCUGGGGUCACCCUGUUGGGCAGCUCAAGGCUCUGUGUCCUCAGCACAGGGGUUUGGGAUAAAUCUGUGUCAGAGGAGGAGGAAGAGGAGGAAGAGGUGCAAAGCACAGCCCUGAUGGGUCAAUCUGUACCUGGGCUCCUUCUCCUUCCUCCAGGAGCUCUGGGAGUUUGCAUGAAGAACACUUUUCUGGCAAAACUGGAUCUGCUCCCCGUGAGCAUCCUUGGUGCAGCAGCCCCGAGAGGCACCUGUGUGUCGGCUGCCCUUGCAGGGGACACUGCCACUGCCCGGACACAGGACAAUGUCCUCGUGCUGCCAGUGCCACCCUGGGCUGCUCGGUGCCACCCUGGGCUGCUGCCCUUGCAGGGGACAGUGCCACUGCCCGGACACAGGACAAUGUCCUCGUGCUGCUUUCUGCCCGCUCGGCAAGCUCCGGAGGGGACAGAGCCUCGCUCUGCUCUCCCAUUUUUCCACCCAAACGCUGACUUUCUCCUCCCCCCAGGGUGCUCCUGCAGCCUGGGGCUGGUUUAUGCCAGUAAACCCUGCACGAUGCCGCCCAUCACCUUCCAGGACCUGCCCCUCAACAUCUACAUGCUCAUUUUUGGCACCGGCAUCUUCAUCUUCCUGCUCAGCCUCAUCUUCUGCUGCUACUUCAUCGGCAAGCUGCGGCACCAGGCGCAGAGCGAGCGCUUCGGCUACAAGGAGGUAAAGCCGGGGGUGCCGGGGCUGAGCGGGGACACCGCGGGGAUCGAUCCUGCUCCUUCCAAAGCGCUGGCACGGGACACCCUGCCCGGAACCCCCCGGGCUCAUCCCGCCCCUGCCCGGCUCCCUUCAGCUCCUCCCGGGGCGAUCCCGGUGGGAAAUCCCGGUGGGAAAUCCCGGUGGGAAAUCGUGGUGGGAAAUCCCGGUGGGAAAUCCCGGUGGGAAAUCCCGGUGGGACAUCCCGGUGGGAAAUCCUGCCCCUCCUUCUCCCCCUCAGGUGGUUCUGAAGGGCGACGCCCGCAGGCUGAACGUGCACGGGCAGACCUGCGCCGUCUGCCUGGAGGAUUUUCGGCUGAGGGAGGAGCUGGGGGUGCUGCCGUGCCAGCACGCCUUCCACAGAAAGUGCCUGCUGACGUGGCUGGAGGUUCGCUGCGUGUGCCCCAUGUGCAACCAGCCCCGCAAGCAGCCCCGCGCCGGCAUCGGGACCCUCCUGGACGAGCUGCUGUGAGGCGGCGCCGCGGCUGCAUCCCACCCUGCGGGACCCCGCGGGAUCCCCCCUGCCCGGGGUCCCUCUGCGGGGAUCCGCGGGCGGCGAUUCCACCCCCGAGGCCGCGGCUCGGCUCGGGCUUUGUCCUUGUGCGGGCGGUGCUCCCCGUGGAGCCGGAAUUCCCGGCGGGAAGCUGAGCCCCGGGCUGCGGGUGGGGGUCCUCUCCCCUCGGACAGGGGUCCGGAUCCUCUCCCCCCGGACAGGGAGACCCCCGGGGUCCUGAUCCUUUUCCCUCCGGAGGUCCAGAUCCUCUCCCCCGGACAGGGAGACCCCCGGGGUCGGGAUCCUCUCCUCCGGACAGGGAGACCCCCGGGGUCGGGAUCCUCUCCUCCGGACAGGGAGACCCCCCGGGGUCCGGAUCCUCUCCCCUCAGAUAGGGAGACCCCCGGGAAUCCUGAUCCUCUCCUCCGGACAGGGAGACCCCCGGGGUCCGGAUCCUCUCCCCUCAGACAGGGAGACCCCUGGGGUCGGGAUCCUCUCCCCUGGACAAGGAGACCCCCGGGGUCCGGAUCCUCUCCCCUCAUACAGGGAGACCCCCGGGGUCCGGAUCCUCUCCCCCGGA